AUGCAAAAGAAAAAACCUCUUAAUAGAGAAUAUACACAAGAAGAACUUGAACAAAGACGUCCAAAAAAACCGAAAAUUAAUAUUGAUGAUUAUAAACCAUCUGGAAAUCUAUAUAAAGGAAUUAAAACAAAAGAUGGAAGAAAAAUUAAUUAUAUUGAACCAAAUGAUGCUAAACUUCCAACAGAGUCAUGGAGGUUUUAUUGUUUCAAAGGUGACGAAGAAAUAGAACAUCCUUUUGUGAUGAACAAUAGAAGUUUUUAUAUCUUUGGAACUGAUAAAGAAAAUGUGGAUAUUGUGUUACGUCAUCCUACAAAUGAACCUCAACAUGCAGUCGUUCAAUUUAGAUAUCAUAACAAUGAAAUUCUUCCUUAUAUCAUUGACUUAAAUUCUAAAGAAGGAGUAUAUUUAAAUAAGAAUAGAAUUAAAGAAAACGUUUAUAUAGAAUUAAGAAAUGGAGACGUAUUAAUGUUUGGUCAUUCAAUCCGUGAAUAUGUAUUGUUAAAAGAAAAACCUUUUCAUCAUACUCAUCAUCAUUCAAAAUAA